CACCCGUUACUUACCACGCGCGCAGUACUCACGCUGUUCGCGUACUCGGAUUUCCCAAGCUUGUUGAAGUCAAAGUCACGUUCUCAAAAUUCUUAGGCCUGAUCACCCACCUACAAACUCUUGUCAGCGUCGCACGCGAGCUCGCCAGCCCCAUCCACCUUCUACCUCAACACGUCCACAACCCUCCACGACUCACUUCGCCCAUCACUCACCAUGGGUAACGACGGUGGCAGUAUCCCCAAGCGUAGCGAGCUCGUCAAAGAAGCCGCCAAGGCCCUCACUACCGCGCAACUCAAAGAGGCGCAAACAGAACAACAGGAAUAUGCUUGGUCUAUGGACCCGCUUACGCGGAAACGGCUUGCCAGGCCUGUGGUUAGCGAUGCAGCCGGGGUGCUGUAUAAUAAAGACUCUGUUAUAGAGUAUCUGUUGAUGGAGGAGGGAAGGGAAAAGGAAGAGAUGGGCAAGAUUGGACGGGUGACGGGAGAUGAGGCGGAAGGUGGAGUAGGAUUGGGAUGUGUGGGGGAUAGGGUUAAGGGCCUGAAAGACGUGGUCGAGGUGAAGUUUGAGAUUGCUGAAGGGGAGGAGGAGGGCGAGAAGGGCCUGGGAGAGAAGUGGGUGUGUUCUAUCACUGGGACAGUGUUGGGACCUGGCACGAAGGCGUGUUACAUUGUCCCUUGUGGACAUGCUUUCGCUGGGAGUGUUGUCAGGGAGGUCAAAGGAGGUGGGUGUUUGACGUGCAACGAGCCCUACGCCGAAAACGACAUCAUAACCAUCCUCCCCACCGUCCCAACAGAUAUCGCGCGCCUCAACCUCCGCAUCAAGACCUUGCGCGAGAAGGGCCUUACACACGCGCUCAAGAAAGCGCCAGGGAGCAAGAAGCGCAAGGACAAAGACGAGGCUAGCAAAACCUCCAGCGAAGACAAGAAAGCCAAGAAAGAAGCUUCUGCACCCACCACAAGCAACGGCAACGGCAUCAAGAAUUCCGCGACUGCAUCGCUGACUAAGAAAGUCCUCGACGAGCAGGAAGCGCGCAACAAGAGGAGGAAGUUGGCGCAGAACGAUAACGUGAAGAGCCUGUUCCAUGAGAAGGAGAGCAAGCCUAGUAUGGGGAAUAGCGCGGAUUAUAUGACGAGAGGGUUCAGUAUUGGGAAGAAGUGAGGCGCUGGCUUGAUGGAAGAAGGGCAUGGCAUGGUACGACACGGCGUUGUAAACUUUCUGUUUCCUCACAAGGACUUGAUUUUGACAAGGGUGCAUAUAUGGUGUUCUGGGAACGGUAUGGGUUUAUUCUUGGGACAAGUUGAGCAUGCGUGGCGCUGAUCUGGCGUCGAUGGAGAACAUGAUACCCGGCGAUGCAUCGGCACGAAUGGAAAAUAUACAAGUCGUGAUUUCUCCAUACAGAACCGGGCUUCUGCUGUCGAAAUUACGAUGGCGUGUCGUGCAAAACAUAUGUAUGGAUUCUUGUGGAACACCAUUGCUGAGUUUGUGACUCGC